GUAGGCUAUACAGAACUGUCGUCUACUGUUAACAAUGAUUGGUCAAAUAAACUCUUAUGGAGGAAGGGACUGAGACGAUGGAUAGUGCACAAUCACAUCGGCUUUCCAAAUAUGGGCAGAAUCUACGCAGAAUGGUUGCGCGGCGCAGAAUCCUGAGCGCAGAUGGGAAUCGUUUGCCGCGCUGACAAUCUAUGCGUCAAAAAUAGAGACUCAAACGAAACACGGCAGCAUUUCUCGAUUGUGAUAGGCUGAGCGUGGUGAAGGAGGCGGGCUGUUUUUCUACGAUCAGUAAAGCGCACUGUACGAGAAGGUGGAACAGACUUCGACCAGCGACAUCCACGACAACCAUUGGCAAACUGAUAAAAAAAAACAGCAAAGGGACGAUGGACCUGAGCUUGCAUGAUGCACUCACGGACGGGGCGCCCAAGACGGGUGCAGACAGCCUGGCGAGGAGGGAGUUUGUGGCAUCCCUGAAGAAGGAGACUUUUGAUGACAAAGUUGGCGAGACUGUGGGAAAGAGCGAAUACCGCCCUCUCCUGGACGGGAAGGAGGGGAAAGGCUCUGGUAUGAUGCAAGGAGGACAGAUGGGGAUGCCGAGGCAGGAACCAAUGGGAGAGAAGCGUCCCUGUCCAACUGGACAACCGUCUGGCUUCAGUGCUGACUAUCUGUCAGGCCCAGUUUCUAGUGUGAUGGGUAUGUCUGGUGAUCAGUGGGGGAACCAGAACAAAGGAAUGAAGGACAGCAGCAAUCCAGACUCUGUCACAGGUUUCUCCCAGACAGGGAUGAUGAGUGUGCAUAUGGGUUCAGGGGGCGUGGCUCCGUUCCAGACAGGCAUGCCUCCAAUGGGCAACCCUCAGAAGGCCUCUGAGCCCCUCAAGCAAUCACAGUCCCCCUUUAAGUCCAGCGACCCCUCUGGUCCAGGCCACAACACCCAGUAUCAGGAGAACUCUGCAGAAGUUUGGUCAAACCCAACCCCAUGGGCUGGUGGUGAGUCCCGGCUGCAGGCCUCCGAGCGUCUCCCCCUCUCCCCCAGCGACUCAGUGGAGGAGAGCCCCAGCUCCGACCCCCUCAGCCCACGCGGCUCCCACAGCCAGGAGAACGGCUCUGGGGACGACAGGGUGGGUCGGGGGGUGGACAGCGGGAGCAAACAGCAGAGGAGGAAGAAAAAGAAAAGGAGGCCCAGGGAUGAGAUGUAUGACUUCCUGGACAGGCAAGAGGCGACCAACGCCAAGGUGGAAGAGGGCGACACGGAGAGCGGAGCCUCGGACGGCCCUCGGAGCCCCUCCUCACCCGGCAAGGAGGAGAGCUGGGAGUGUGAUAUCCGAGGGAGGGGUGGGGGUAGAGUUAGGGGGCGGAAGAACAAGAGCAGGAUGAAACUCCCAGAGGAGUGGGGGGCGCCGGGCCUGGAGCCCACGGUGCCCCACGUCACACCGGCCUCGGUGGCCCCGGAGUCUGCAAUGAUCACUGCCUCCGGUCACUUGAGUUCCACCCUGGAGAACAUCUCCUCCCUCGUAGCCGACCCCCAGGCUAACCCCUUCAGUGGUCAGGUCCCCACCGCCCCGCCCCUCACUGAGAACCCCAAACCCAGUGCCAUCUUCACCACAGAUCCUGCCCUCACAGACACAUCCACUAGUAACCUCAACAUGCUGGAGCAUCCUUCUCCAGCCAAGGUCCGCAUGGACUGGGAGAACGGGACUCCCGUCAAGACCGCUGCCUCUCCCGCCCCCCAUUAUGAACCCCUGUGUAAAGAUGUCCUACCCCACACUGAGGAUGAGGCCGCUACGUGUCUUACAGACAAAGCCUCAUCUGAUCAUCGCUGUACUGACGGAAUGGUGCCCACUGACCAGCAGCAGCUGGGCCCUCCGAGCUCCCCGGGUUUCAGCCCACGGGUCUCACAGACCUUCUCCUUCCUGGACUCGGUCCUUCAGACCCCGCCAGCUGGUACCCCUGCUUCACGGCCCCAGUCCCAGACCACCACACCUCAGGGCCCUCCUCCGAACACCAGCACCUCCUCCGCCGCAUUCCAGAGCACUCCUCCUCCACUGUUUAGCCACCCCUCCCAGCUUGAUCACGACACUCCCAGUCCUCACCCUGCAGUGGGCUCAGGCCUCAACCCCACAGCCCAACCCUUUAUCCCCACUUCCCUGCCACUCACAGAGCACCAGGAACCACCGCUGCCAGAGCCCCCCCUGCUGGAAGUGAAAGCAGAAAAUAAGGAGAAACAAGAGAAGGCCGAUUUAAAGAUGGAGAAGUCAGACAAGAUGGAGAAGAUGGACAAUUUUGGGAAGAAAGACAAAGAAGACCAAUCUAAGAAAGUCAACAAUGCGGACAAGAUUCAAAAGUCGGAGAAGAUCCUCAAAGACGAGGAGAAGUUUGAUAAGACAGAGAAAAAUCUGACGAACGAAAAAGUCGACAAGCCUGAGAAAACAAACAAAGAUGAGAAAAUGGAGAAGAAAGGAAAUGGGGAGAAAACUGACAAGGUCAAAGUAGAGAAGAAUGAAAAUUCUGGGAAAGGUACUGUAAAAUCUCCAACAAACAAUGGAAGCAAGCAGGACUUCCACAGCACAGACACUAAAGCCAAGCCUGCUGUUGGGUCAACCAAACCAAACCAAAACAAAACACGACCCUCCUCACUGUCCACUGGGGAGGCAGGUUGCCCCCCAAAACGUUCCUCCCCCACCACGGCAAAUAAAAAAAGCCCUGUUACCAAGGCAACCACUCCCACUGCUGGUUCCAAGCGGCCAAGUGCUGCUGCCAGCCGAACCCCUACAGCCUCCAAGUCCAAGACUCCGGAAAAUGGCACUUCCGAACGACGUCCUCCAGUGACAAAGGCAAAUGGUGUGGCCAAUAAGACUGGUUCCUCCACCACUACUAAACCUGCUGGUCCACGCCCCUCUGCUAGUGCCCCUUCUCUGCGCCGCAACACAGUUCCGAAGACUGAUACCUUGCCAGGUGAUGUGAAAAAGCCCAGCACAUUGAAGACAACACCAGCCAAGCCCAGAGUACCUCGCACCGCCACCACUGCUCCAAGCACUCCCGCCACCAACGGGGAGCAGCCUCGCAGACGCAUCACCAAGCCCCCGGUGCCCAAGCAGACACCACUGGAGAGGAAGCCUCCUGUACCCAAAGCUCCCAGGGCUCCCCGGCCCAUCAACGCACCUCUGCCGGAUCUGAAGAACGUGCGCUCCAAGAUCGGCUCCACAGACAACAUGAAGUACCAGCCUACCAGCGGCAAGGUCUCCUCGGCGGGGGCUUCCCAAUCCAAAGACGGCCAGGGCAAAGUUAUGAUAGUCCACAAAAAACUGGACUUCAGCCAUAUCACCUCCCGCUGUGGUUCCAAGGAUAAUAUCAAGCAUGUCCCUGGUGGAGGGAAUGUCCAGAUUCAACAUAAGAAGUUGGACAUGAGCAAAGUGACAUCGAAGUGUGGCUCUAAGGACAACAUCAAGCACAAACCAGGAGGUGGAGAUGUGAAGAUUGAGACUAAGGCCAACGGCAAUAGUAUUGGUAAUGGCAAGGCCAAGUCUAAAGUUGGGUCGAUGGACAAUAUUGGCCUUGAAGCAGCGGAUGGAAAAAACAAGGCUGAAGGCAUGAAGGAGAAAAUAUCUCCCCCUGGUGGAGCUGUGACCACAGAACCAGGAAGUAUGUCUAAGGAGAACGGGCAUAAGGAGAUCGUGCCUAACCCUAGUCCCUUUGGGGGUGACGGGCUGCGGGACCCGAUCGCCAUGGACAAACGUAUCCCUGAGACAAAUUGAGUCUUACAAGCUGAGCUUUCUCAAGCACGCACGGGCCACGGUGUCGACAUCAUCUCCCGGCCCAUCCCGAUUGGCAGCCACCCCUCACCCCCAUCACAGCACCUCUCUCAGUGUUUCUCUGGGGUCCGCCAGCUUCCUUUUCCACACCCGUUAGUUCCAACCCUCGUUACCCUACCAGGGGGGAGGGGGAAAACUACUGUACGCUAGCAGGACAAGGACUUCUUUAGCAGAUCGCAGCUUAUUCCGGCACCUUCCUUUUACCUCACCACACAGUGUUUCCUCAGUAUUCUCUAUCCUUGUGGCAUAUCUGUCCCAGGCAGUUGGUUUCAGAAAGCCAGUAUUAGUUUUGAGCGAAGAGUUCAGGCAGAUAGAGCAAGGUCUUAUCGCACGGUGGGUUGUGGUCUCUUCUGGAUUGCCCAGUUUAACUUGCUGUGAUAUAGGUGGAGUAGUUUUACCCUCAGAAUGAACCUUCUAGACGCUCGGUGCCCUCUUAGUGUUAUGUUGGAGCGGAGUGAAUAUUAUAUCAUAUCAUAUUAUCCUGCCUGCUUCUUUGGUUCCAGCCUAAAGGCACUUUGUUCCAAUACGACGUAGUGCUACUGCGAUCGAAAUCUCAAAUGUCUAAUUUGUCAUUGACUAUCACAACAGAGCCAGUGCUUUCUAUGUGACAGGCGUAACUCUAGGCAUAACAGCUUCCUUAUGCUCCUACUCACCUGGAUGAGCAUAACCUCCCCAGUACUGUAGGGACCCCAGGUGUCACCUGAGAUGAAUACAGAACAUCAUACUACGGCGAUGAGUGGAGCACCCCCUGUGAGAAAGUGGGACUGUCCUGUACUCCCAAUGAACAGUGGCUAAUACGUCACCCCCUCCCCCUGACUGAUCCAGUGUGUCUAAAUAACCCUCUGUAAACAUGUGACCCCCCCCCCCCACCCCACCCCCAUCCCCACAGCACACUCUCAACAAUAAGAAACUAACUAGUAGGCUGUUUGCAGCAGCAGGAUAUUCAACAUCUCUUUUAAAAAAAAAAAUCUCUGUAUUGUGUUCUUUUUUUCUCGUAAAUGAUUGUGACAAUGAGCUGAUGUGUCGUUUCGUUAUCAACUCCCCCCUUCUCCUCUUACUGUUACAUCUCUCUGAAAGCAAUACGGUGAGAAGACGACUUCCUUACACGCCCGUCCCCACACUUCUGAACUACAGUAUGGUUCAGUCAGAGAGAGACAAACCGGCUCUGGUCUGUGCACAGGGACUAGAUGCCUGGGAUAGGACUGAAUAGUGGGCAGAAAAAGUGAGGAAAGCCUAUGAUUACACCCAGGGAGUGGGGAGACUCCAGUGACGUUUGUGUUGUCCCCCAGUGUGAAACAAUCGUUUGGAGGUUGCAGGACACAGACCCAGAGGUGGACGUACACAAAAUAUCUUUCAUGAAUUACGUAGAUACGAAAGACAAACAGGAAACGGCGACGUGACUUGACUGAACUCGACUACAGCGUUGCGUAUAGAACUGUGACUGACAAGAAACACUAGGGCAGGAGGAACUCAAAUAGGGACAUAACGAGUGCCCAACGAGACACAGGUGGAACUAAUAGAAAAAACAUAGAAACAGAACCAAAAGACAAGUGAACAUAGAAAUGAUCAAGUCUCUAAAGUGUUGGCCCGUUUUUAGGGACAGGGAAAACUAGAGUGAUUUCAACAGAUUUCUUCACAAGUUUGGGAUGGACAAAGAGAUUAAUGAAUUGACCUCCAAUGUAACAGGCUUCUUAGCUACUCCAUUUGUUAAUAAGAAUUGAUUUGAAUGGCUGCUUAUGCUAUUGAAGACACUGUGAAUAUUCACAUUAUUGUAUAACAAUAGGUUUGCUGAAUUUAACAAAGUUAGUUUUUUCUUUUUUAACAAAUAGGAAAAUUACUCUGAUUAAACAGCUCAGCUGAAUUGUAUAACAAUAUAUGACUAUGAAUUAGGAUCCAGUGUGUAUGUGGAAGAUAAAUGAUCUUCAGGAUGGUCUCAUUUUUGUGAUCAGCACUAAGCAUGUGUGUGGAGUUGGUCAGAUUUGUGGUGCGCUGCUGGGUCAAGAUGGAGGGCGCCCCAUUGCCUUUAAAAUACUCACCCAACUCUUAAAGAAAUGACAGGUCCUUUUGGAGACACCAAUCGAGACUGUCCAACAGGAGAGAUAAUGGCCACAGAUGUCCAUGUGCAAUGGUGCCUUGUGGAUUCUCAAGGCUGGACUGUAAGUUUUAAUUUUUUUAGGGAGGUGCAUUCCCUCCCUAAAAAAAACAAAAACAUCUCCACGAGUAAAAUACUUUUACACUGAUUUGUUUGUUGUACUGUAAGCUACGAUGCUGCUUGACGUUUGUAAGGUGCGGUUUGACUCUUUUGUUGAGUGUGUGCACUGCAGUUGAGGAAAUAAUAGGGAGCACGAAUGGCAGAGAUAAUCAAAGUGCGGUUGGAUCAAAUUAUCGAGGAUGAAAGCAAAAGCACCUUAUAAAAUGUACAUGGUAUUCUUUCUCUCAACAGUCCCAUGAUUGGUUUAAAAAACUGCAUUUGAUAGAAUUUUUCCCGAAGAAUACAGUAAAUGGUACAGCAGAGGAAACCACUGAAUGUGGUGACGGUGGUGUGUACAUUUCAGGUUUGAGCUCUACAGUGCGACUGAACUGUUGGGAUGAUUGGAUGAACAGAUUUGUCUUUUAGUCUCCUUGGUGGUAACCUUGCUCACAAGUCACAUUAGUGGACUUUGGUGUCGUGCCGUGGGUACGAUGGUCACUCACUCCCAGUCUGUCCUCCUCGUGUCCGCAAGGAGUUCCGUUUAUUAGACUCACUCCUUCUGACACUUAACUCCUGCUUGCACCGCCACCUUCCACUAGUCCUCACAACAUCGUUUGUAAAUAGACAUCCACGUGUUUUUAUCACCAUAGGAAAAAAAGAUAUUGAUAUUAGGGUGUUUAUGUGGAUGUUGAGAAAAGCAUUUCAUGUUCAUGAACCCAUUUUUAGAGAUUGUUUUCUUUCUCCUUUCUGCAGUCUGCCUUUUAUCAGAAAGGGCUGAAGUACAAGAAUGUUUUUAAAAUGUAAUGUAUCAAAGAUGCAAGACAUGAAUAUAAUAUGUAUGAACUUUUUGGUUUGUUUUAAAAAAUCACAAUAAGCCACAAUAUAUUUAAUUUGACUGACAGAAGGAAGUGUGUGUCGAGUCCAGUUAUGGGCACUGCCAGUGAUGAUUAGCAUCUCCCUGGUUGUUCUAGGUCUGCUUUGACCCACUCCAUCUUUGAUAUUGCUUGAACACAAAUGUAUCUACACACUACACACUGUAGGUCAGAAAUCUACAUGGAACGAAGAAUAUUCACUGUCAUGAAUAUUCUUCCGAUGUUUUGUGUCACUGGCAAAUAAAUCGAGUGACAAGUGCCCAACUUUAAUCAGGUGGUUGAAAGUCAUGCUCCCACAUGCAGCACCUGACACACACGGUCCUUGAAUGUCACCCAGACGUCCCUCUUAAAGCCCCCCACCCCCACCCCAUGUGAGACUAACAGUAACAGUCUUUUGGCAUGUGUUAUGUAGCAAGCUCCUAUAAAGCAACGAGGAGCCAUAGCUGUGCUUCUGAAAGCAUACCUACAGUGUGCAUUUCUCUCAAUAAUGCACACCAUAAGAGCAUGCAGAAGACAAUGGAUUGUAGACAUCUGUCAUAGAUACAAGUUUAUUGUUUCCCCUUCAAUUUGAGAUGUAAUGUAAUUUGGUAUGAAAGAGAUGUUCAGUGAUUAAUUGUUAACUAGUGAUGUCAAUAUUAAUCAUGAAAUAAAAGACAAGCAAAACAUU